AUGUCUUAAGAUCAAUGUUAUGAUUAGGGAUUGUCAGGCUAAUCUUCGCAGUCGCCUUCACAUUAGCAGGUUCAGAAAAGAAUGAACCAAUUUUCUAUUGAUUUUUUUAUAGAAAAGCGAUUUAUCACUUAAGAAGAUUUGAAACAAAUUUUAGAUAAUGUUCGAUGUUUAUAUAAUAUUCGUGCAAUCAAACUAAAUCCUUAGAAUCAAAUUCCAGCUUUGGAUGGCACUGCAUUUUCUGUAAUUGAUCCUGAUGAAAAUAAAUUAAAUGCAAGAUGUGAUGCAGUUAAUAAAAUACUUUAAUUAAUAGAACAAAGAAACAAACAAACCCUCGAAGUAAUAAUGUUGAUUCCUGAAGGGACUGUCUCAUGUGUGAUUGGAACUUAGGGAAAAUACAUAGAGCACAUUAAAUUAGAGACUAAGGUUCAUCUUGUCGUUAAUUAACCAAUCUACGAAUUUUAAUUAAGAACAGUAACAAUUAUUGGUGAGUCUUCUCGUAUUUUUAAUGCAAUUAAAAUGAUCAUAAAAUAGUUGUAGGAAAGAGGAAUCUCCAAUGAAGAUUACACCAAAAAAGCUGAGCCAUUAGAUCCUAGAAGAGUUAUGACAAAAGCCAAAUUUGCAUUUUAGAGUAUUUAGAGAGGAAAUACUUUGUAAUAUUUGAAGGGAAAAGGAAAUAAUGAUAUAAAAAUAAAAAAAAAUAAACUGAAAAAGGACGAAGGAGUUCUAUAAAUUGAUGGGACAUUAUUUAAUGUUUAAGAGGCGAUUUAAAAUAUUAUAAAGAAAGUGACUCAGUAAUUUAAGAAGAAUGAGUUUGAUAUUAGGAUAGUAAUGCCUGCUAACUUUGCGUCUAAAUUAAUCGGGGCGAAAGGAUGUUAGAUCAAAGAAUUAGCCAACAAAGCUAAAGGUGCGUAGAUAAAGGUGCUUUCAGAUAGGGAUGACACGGAUGCUAAUUAAGAUUGCUUGGUAUAAGUGACUGGAUCAAUGGAAAAUAAAUAGGAAGCAACAAUAUUGAUUUUGGAAUAAAUUGAAUGUUUCAAAAAUGGAGGCCCUAUCCUUGAAAAUGGAAAGUACAUAAAUGAAAACUUUGCAUAAUAAUACAAAAACUCAGUGCAGGUCUAAGACAUGAAGCAAAAGAGGUUAGUGUGGAAGAAUUAAUUAGGUAGACAUUACUCAAGUUCCUCAAGUUCAGAGAGAAGGCAGAGAUCAAGGUCAUCAAAUAAACGAUAAAAAUAUUUGAGAAGAUCUAGAUCAUCUAGUUCUAAUAAGUCUAAUAGGCGUAGGUCGAAAUAAUAGGGACUCAAGACCAAAAUUGUUGUUAAAUAAUCUCUUAUUGAAUUAAUACAUAAAUAGUUGGUUCGUUAUUGUCACGAUUUCAAUGUUACAAUAAAGACCUACCCUUCUGUAUUAUAUGAAAAAGAUAAAUAGGAUGUAGGAUGGGAGAGUAUUAUUAAAAUAAGCGGAGAUGUAAGAGGUUGCAUAACAGUUAUCCAAUAUAUAUUAAAUGAGUAAUGUAAAUUAUCCAAGAGAUGA